GCUCAGGGGACAACAUAGAGAGUAGUGCUUCUGGCGGAUUGUCAGUUAGUAUGAAGAACCGAAUUUUUGCUGAGGUUGCUCCGAAGAAGAAAAAUAGGAUAUAUGGAGUCGGUACUAUGCAAACUGAAGCAUCUUCAGCUCAAGUUGUUCUGACGCCUACUCCGACUGAAGAUCCAGUCAUUCUAGCUGAGAAGCUUUCUCAGGCCGAAGCUGUUCUUGCGAGUCAGUCUACUCAGCUAGAAGAUUAUGCAUUGAAGUUGCAACAAAAUACUCAGAAGAUGCAUUGCUACGAUGCCUACUUCGAUUAUCUAUCUGAGAAGGACCCUGAAUUUGCUGCAAGAUUUCCCCGACCUGAGACUGCUGCCACCAAUGAGACCGGAGCAGGAGAUACCGGACCUGAGACCGGAGCAGGAGGUAUCACCAGACCAACUUAGGAUCUCUUGUGUUUAUGUGUUUAUGUGUUUGUAUCCGAGAACUUGUGUUUGUAUA